UACAGUCAUCCAUUCUGCAGCAGGACACACACACACACACACACACACUGAUAGACACACUGAGGAUAUGCCACACUGUGUGGUUCUGGAUGGUCCGGCUCCAUGGGGAUUCCGGCUUAUCGGAGGAAAAGACUUCAAUCAGCCUCUGACUAUUGCUAGGAUUUCUUCAGGCAGCAAGGCCUCCAUGGUUGACCUGUCUCCUGGUGACAUCAUUCUGGCCAUAGAUGGCAUCGCCACCGCUAACAUGUUGCACUGCGACGCCCAGAAUCACAUCAGAGAGGCAACAGAUCAGCUCACCUUAACCAUCGAGAGGCCAGAAGCCCAGCUGUGGUCACCUCGCGUCAAUGAAGAUGGCAGAGCUCACCCUUUCAAAAUCAACCUGGAGUCAGAGCGACAGGAAUUCAGGCCAAUAGGCACAGGCCAUAACCGAAGGGCCGCCCCCUUUGUGGCAGCAGCUAACAUUGAUGACAAGCGACAGGUGGUCAGUUCAGCCUACAACUCCCCCAUCGGCCUUUAUUCCUCAGGCAACAUCCAGGACGCCUUACAUGGUCAGCUCAGGGGCCUGAUUCACAACAAGCCAGAGAGUCCUAGGAUCCUAACGAGUAUAGAAGAGUCAGAUGUGUAUCGAAUGCUACAGAAAGAUAAAACAGAGGAGGAGCCUCAUGAGCCCCGCCAAUCAGGAUCCUUCAAAGCCCUGCAGGAUUACAUCAACAGUGAGGGAACCCGUCCGUUAGUGACGAGAACAGUGCGAGCGCCCACCACCAAGCCCCCGACCCCUGCUGGAAACCUCCACAAGCUGCCAAUGUGUGACAAGUGCGGCAACGGCAUAGUUGGGACAGUUGUAAAGGUGCAGGAUAAGUAUCGGCACCCCGGCUGCUUCGUCUGCUCAGACUGUGAGGAGAACUUGAAGCAGAAAGGAUACUUCUUCAUAGACAAUGAGCUUUACUGCGAAACUCAUGCACGCGCUCGCUCGAAACCGCCUGAAGGUCACGACCUGGUCACGACUUUCCCCUCAGAGUAGAGAACACACAAACCUGUACAGAUGCACAAAAAAACACAUGUACACUUUUUUUUGCUAACAGACACAAAUCAAAUAGAAUUUCCAGAAAAAAUGUAGUGAAUAAAUAUGUAAGGCCCAUUAAAAAUCAUUUAAUUUAGAACUUAGAAUCCAGUUCCACUUAUAUAUGAAUGAGCAGUAAAGCCACUCUGCUAAAGUACAGUGCUAUGCAAGCGUUUUAGUGAAGUUCCUAUAGCACUGAGACUGGAGACUGGAGUAGCAUUAGCAUUAGCCGCUAACAGUGCUAUGCGGUAGCUCUGGCUUACACUCAGGGUUAUUCAGUGUAGUGCUGUCGGGUGGCAUUUACUAGCGCUAUCCGCGGCUAAUGCUAAUGCUAACACUGCAGCACCCAGCCUUGGAUAUCUGAAUAUUGGAUAUCUGAAUAUCUAAGCUUACUGUAAAUAAACAGAAGAGCUUUACUCACCCAAAUAAACAGUUUCCAGGAGAGAAAUCAGUGUAGAUUAACAUCUUAGUUUAGAAGGAAAACUAGUGUAGCAUGAUGUGCCUUAAUAUCUGGUGCGGUCAUGAAUGAAAAUAGACAAGAAAAUAGAUGUUCGUGCCUUAUAGUGUGCCUUAUAAUCCGAUGCCCCUUAUAGUGCGAAAAAUACAGUAGUCUGAGGUCCCUUUAGGAACACACACACACACACACACACACACACUACACAAUUACAUAUACCCACUGGUGUAGCCCAUUGAUUGUAUUUUUUGUAGUGUAUUAGUAAUGUGUUCUGUGUUCUUAUUUCAAUAAAUGAAUAAAUAAAUGAACAAAUAAUAAUAAAAAAAAACAC